CCCUGUUCAGGAGAGCACGCAGGAGGUGACAGGUACCCUCUGCAUAGUGCCGGGGAACAGGAGGCUGCCCAGGAGUGCUGGAGCCAGACUCCUCCUGGUGUGGCCAGUGUGGCCCUCACAGCUGGGAGAGCUCCAGUGCCAGCCCCCUCUCCACAACCAAGGGACAGGGCAGCAUGAGCUGGUCAAGGCACACGGGCAAGAUCCGGAAACGUCUGGAAGAUGUCAAGAACCAGUGGGCCCGGCCAGCCAGGGCGGACUUCAGUGACAAUGAGAGUGCCCGGCUGGCCACAGAUGCCCUCUUGGAUGGGGGUCCUGAGGCCUACAAGCGGGUGCUCAGCCAGGAAGGCGAGGUGGACUUCCUGUCCUCGCUGGAGGCCCAGUACAUCCAGGCCCAGGCCAAGGAGCCCCACUGUGCCCCAGAGGCUGCAGGAGCAGCCGAGGGCGGGCCUAAGGGACGGGACUCCUGCUCCCUGCAGUCAGGAACCUACUUCCCCCUGGCCUCCGAGGGCAGCGAGCCAGCCCUGCUGCACACCUGGGCUUCCGCCGAGAAGCCUUACCUCAAAGAGAAGUCCAGCGCCACUGUGUACUUCCAGACAGACAAGCACAACAACAUCAGGGACCUCGUCCGCCGCUGCAUCUCCCGGAGCAGCCAGGUCCUGGCCAUCCUGAUGGAUGUGUUCACAGAUGUGGAGAUCUUCUGUGAUGUCCUAGAGGCAGCCAACAAACGUGGGGUGUUUGUCUGUGUGCUCCUGGACCAACGAGGUGCAAAGCUCUUCCAGGAAAUGUGUGACAAGGUCCAGAUCUCUGACAGUCACCUCAAGAACAUCUGCAUCCGGAGCGUGGAAGGAGAGGUGUACUGUGCCAAGUCCGGCAGGAAGUUCGCUGGGCAAAUCCAGGAGAAGUUCAUCAUCUCAGACUGGAGGUUCGUCCUGUCGGGAUCAUACAGCUUCUCCUGGCUCUGCGGACACGUGCACCGGAACAUCCUCUGCAAGUUCACAGGCCCGGCAGUGGAGCUGUUUGACGAGGAGUUCCGCCACCUCUAUGCCUCCUCCAAGCCCCUGAUGGGCCUGAAGUCCCCCAGGCUGGCGGCCCCACUGCAGCCGAGAGCUGUCCCCAGCACCUCCAAUGGCCACCUCAGUAGGGACAGCUGCUCUGCCAGUGACCACACCUCCUCCAACCCCUUCAGCACCCCAUCAGUGGGCAGCAACCCCCCAAAGCAGAGACUGUCCGCCUCCUCAGGGCCCGGGAGUCCUCUGGCCCCCAGCCCAGCCCAAGCUCCCAAGUACCAGCCCUACCACAGCCCCUGGGGAGCCCCAGCUCUGCAGCCCCCCUUCCUCCCCAGGACCCCGAAUGGCCCACCCACCCGCUACAGCAACCUCAAUGCCUACCGGCCCACACGGCUGCAGCUCGAGCAGCUGGGCCUACUGCCCAGGGCGACACACAUCUGGAGACCCUUUCCACAGGCUUCACCUCACUUCUGAAGGGUCCUGUGUCCCCAUCACUCUCCCCAGGGUCAGGGCCUGGCACUCCUGGGUUCACUGCCUCAAAGACCCCACUUCAUCUACAGCGCUGAACCUGCUUCCCCUUGAGCCCAAGGCACUGGGAUCAAAUCACUGCCUGUUGGACUCUCCCAGCCCCCUUCUCAGCCUCCACUAGUCCUUGGGUUCCCCUUUCUGGCUUGGCCUGUGCAGCUCAUCCAGGCCUGAGGGAGUGGGGAUGAGUUAGAGACAAAAUCAUGGUGUCAGAGUCCUUGUCUUCCAAAGAUCUUCCAGAGCUUUAAAAAGUAAUGGUCCCGAAGGCUCCAUAAAGUAAGAAGGGGCAGGUGCAGCCCAAGCUUUACAAACAGGUAAACUGACGUCCUGGAGAGUAGGUGAUAGAUCGGUAUUUCUGUUUCCCAGUUCCCAGAAACAGUCCAUUGCCCAGGUACUCAAGAAGAUUCAGGAGAGGCUUGGUGAACACUCUGGAUGUUCCUGGGACAGCUGGGAAAAAGUCAUCCCUGUAAAGGCUAACAUGGGGGUACCCCUGUGAACUAGGGAUAUGUCCUCAGAAUCUGCUUCUAAAGUUAUAUGGGGCCCCCUGAACCCGCAGCCAGCAGGAAUGGAGCGAGCUGAGGAGUCGGGGAGUCAGCGGGACAGGCCAGGUUGGCAGACCCAGCUCUGCAGAGCCCUGCCCAGGCCUGAAGUUCCCGGGAUCUGAGCUGGGCCGAGGACUGGGGUAGUCAGGGUCUGGAACGGCUCUGCAGUCAUGCCCAAGGCAUCACCGCAUGACUCGGAAGAGUCCAGCUGCCCCUGGACAGCAGCCAGCCGCAGACCCCGGGGAACCCACACUGAACCCUCACAGGCCCCGGGGUGCAUUCACUUGCAGGAAAGUGCCGGCUAACCUCACAGCCCGGAGGGGGAGCAGUGUGCGGUGUGAAGGAGGUGGGUGCCAGGCCCAUGCCUGCCCUCCCGGCCACCCACAACUCCUCUCCGCAGAUGUCUUCUCUGUUCGUUUUCACCCCAGCGGCCAGAGCGGGCAGGGCCGAGGCACAGGGAGCCCUUCCUCCUGGCCGCCUGAUUCCUGGCAGGGCAGUGUGUGACUGCCCUUCUACUGUGCAAAGGAAGUCUCCCUCAUGGGCUGGGGAUUGAGCUCAGCGGCAAAGCGCCUGCCUGGCAAGCGCAAGGUCGUGAGUUCAGUUCCUGGUACCAGAGAAAAACCAAAAAAAAGAAAAAAAAAAGGAAGUCUCCCUCAGCCCACCCAGUCCUGUUCCCAUGUGUCUAAUGCUUCUGACAAAGGCAGUGGCGCCUGCCGUUUUCUUAGUUCCUUAAUGUUUACAAAAGAACAAAAACUAAAAAUCCACUACCCCUUUGGUUCCCGAUGGUGUUCUCAGCCCCAUCCUGAGUGUUUCCCCACUGACGCUGGUGGUUACCAGGCCAGGCUGAGCGUAUGAAUUGGAUUUCACAGUCAGCUGAGACAGUGACAGCAGGACAGGAAAGCUUGCUGGAGUGGCCCAAACUCCCAGUGUCAAGUUCCAAGUCCCAUCGGCCUGCCUGGCUUCUAUGGGCCCAGGCCUGGCCCAAGGGCAGCCCAGCCACUCCGGACCACUCCCCCCCAGCAGAGUUCCUUCUGUGGUUUGGAUAUCAUCACAGGGCUGUUGCCAGAUUUGCUGUCUCACUCUUCUGGGCCUGCGGUGGGCAGCAGGUGCACUCUGCUUGGGCUGGUGAUGCAAAAGUGCAAGGGUUGGGAACCUGCAGGGGAGAGGCUGGGGAGACUGGGCGCAGCUCACCGAGGGUGCCUCCAGCUGAACCCUCUUCCACCAGCCCACUGCCUGAGUGACCACAGUCAGCAGAACCGGCCCCCUAUCAGUGCAUAAUGGAUUCACAGUAUGAGCAAGAAAAAAGCCUGUGUCACUGAAGCCACUGAGAUGUGGGGUCUUUUCUCUCCAUGACCCAGCUUCAGCCGACAAAUGACUUCUGGGACCCAGCUUCUGGGACCCACUGCCACUAUGUCAUUUCCUCAAGGGCCAGGAGUGGUUUCCCACUCCGAGAAGUGGGUCAGAACAAGUUCUUAGCCAAAUUCCAAAUCCUGCCAAAUCUGGUGGCAUCCAGCUUUAAUUCUAUGGAGGAUAUAAUCACCGCGGACCGCCUUGGCAGGGCCUGCUUGCUGGGAGAUGCCCUUAAACAGUAUCUGUUAGUGCAAAGCUCCCCAGCACCUGCACCUCCCAUGGCCAGGCCCAGGGUCAACUCCAGCCACAUGGAGAACCCAGAGUCAGCUGGGCGGGUCUUUCCUUGAUCACUCCCAGAAGGAACAAGAGUGAAAAGGUACAUGUUGUAUCCAGUGGAAGGGACAGCCAAAGUAGCUCCCAAGCCGGUGUUCUGGGGGCCCAGGGCUGACCCCCAGGAUUAGGGGCCAGCAUUGACUAGAACCACAGUCUCGCUCCUGGACGCUGUCUCAGAACACUGACCUGCGUCUCUGCUUCUGCACUGGAGAAGCCCAAGCCAGCGUCUCUCUGGGGACCUCAGGAGGCCUGCAACAAUGUCACAGCUGGUCCCAGGCAUGGUCACAGCUCCCCACAUACAUGCGCACAUCGUGAACGGUGUUGCUCCCUCAGGGGACCCGGACACACAGACCCCCGGGCUCCUUCACGGGUGGGAGGAGACCUGUCUUCUCCCAGCCUUCCUGCCUCCCCAUGGCCUGACACCAAGAACGUGAGCGUGGCCCAGGAGCUGCUGGACAGAGAGGAGCUGCCUCUCACUUUCUUGGCCUCCUGCAGAGCAGCUGGGUGUGGAAAGCUAUUAGAAAUGUGAACAUGGGUGAGCAGAGACGCAGCCCUUUGCGCAGCCAUUGAGUGUAUUCAGGGAACACGUUGCUUCUUGGGGCGGCCGGCUCAUCCUGUCUUCCUCCGUGGGGGCGGUGAAGGAGGAUGUGCAAACAAAGUGGGGUGCAGCCCGGGCACAGGCCCAGGGGUGGUGGCACAGGGGGGGCAGGGUGGCCGUGCCAGGGCCAAGCUACUCCUCCACAGGCUCCUCCCAAAGAGGCAAGGACAUCUCUGCAGGUUUACACUGACCAGGGUGGGAGAGGAUUCCUGGGGCUCCAACUGAAGCAGGCACUAGUAAAGCAGCCCCAGCUCGGAGCCCGUCUUCCCUGUCUCACCUGUACAGCCCAAACCAGGCCUCUCCCUGCCUUUUCAGCAAUGAGAAGGAAUGAGCAGAGCAAACCUGGAGGCCUGGCAGUGCUGUGGCCCAGUAAAGACGGGCAGCUGAGGAAAAGGAAGGGGUGGGUGAGACUGCUCAGGGAGAUGUCCUCCAUUCCGAAGGGCAGUGCGCUUCUGGAGCUGCCACCUCCUCAGUUCUGGGGCUGAGGUUACACGGGGUCCGCAGAGCCCUCUGCUGGCCUUGCAGAUGACCACCCUCUUGCUGGGGGGUCCCUCUGCGUCCUUCACCUCUGUUGUUCCCGAGUUCCAAUCUCUUUGAAUAAGGACACUCAUCAGCCUGGAUGAGGAGCUUGAGGAGCUGUGUACGGGUGCCCAGUGGACGAGGGCUGGACUUACGAUGGUCAACUGUGUCAACGACUGGGCCAUGAGGCCCUGUACUUGGUCAGACGUUACUCCAGGUGUCUCUCGAUGAGAUUAACAUUUGACCCCUCGACAGCAGCUUGCCCUCCCCAACAUGGGCUUCAGUCAGUCAGCUGAUGGCCGAGCGGAAUAAGAAAUCAGCCUUCCUGUGGGGGAGAGAGAAGUCCUCCCGCCUGAUGACCUUCAGCUCAGACCCAUUCCUUUCCUGCCUCAGACACGACCUGAGAUACCAGCCCCUCUGCUCUUGAGCCUUCAGCCUUCAGGCAGAAAGCACACCAUGGGCUCUCAGGAGACCUCCAGUUCGCUGGCUCACCCUGCACACAUGAGCCUGGCAACCUCCACAGUCACACGAGCCAGUUCCUUCCUAUCUGCCCUCUACCCACCUGUCUCAUUGGUGGCUGUUUCUAGGGAGAGCCUAAUACAAACUUUGGUCCUGGGAAUUAAAGGCACCACGUCCAAAUACGAGGAGCUGGGGCUUCACCCAAGGAAUCUGUGGGGCUCACUUGCCUGACAGGCAAGCCUCCCACAGAGGCUAAGACGCCAGAGGGGCCCCAGCUGCUCCUCCCGGCCCCGGUGGCUGCCCUUCUCCAAGCACUGGAUCAGGUGUCGACCCCUCCCUCUCCAGCCCUGCAAGGAGACAGCUGACAGCUGAGCGCAAUCAGCCAGGCUCCAGCUGCAGCAGCCACAUUCCAUGUGCGGGUUCUCUGCCCGCAGGCAGGGCUUACUUCCAGCGGCUGCUCUUCCAGAACACAGUAGCCCUGGGCCGGACAAUGGGCCCAGGUUGGUGGCCUUGGCUCCCAAAUGCCUACAGGUGUCAAGUCUCCUUGCCUCUUCUAGUUUCUACAGACCUGGCUCGUGGUCACAUUCCGAUCUUUGAAACUAAGAACACAACCUCUUCCUCAUCCAUCUGCCACCACUGUGCAUUUUUAAAGACCCUAAUGAUUGCCUCAGGUCCACCUGGCCCACAGGAAAUUUCCCCAAGUCAGCUGAUUAACAACCACAACUCCUUUGCCAGGGAUCCUAGUUUACUUGUGGCUCUGGGGAUUAGGAGGUGAACCAGACAUAAUUCUGCCUGACAUACUUAAGGGUUUCUUGUGGAAUUCUCAGAAACACCCCCUCCCGCCAGCUGAGCAAGCCUGAGAACAGGAAGUAGCAAAGCAGACAGCUGCCCUCUGCCCCUCUGGGGAUCUCUCAUUUUGUCUCUCCUGCAGACCUGCUCUUCUGUCUACUUGGCAAAUCACAGCCCCUGAGUCUGCUAGGUUCACAUACUCAAGAAUUGUAUUUCUGUGAGUUCAAGUCCCAGUACCAAAAAAAAAAAAAGAACUGCAUUUCUGAACCCCCAAGAGAAACUGAUUGGCCAGCUUGGGUCAGGUCACUGUCCUCGACUCCCCAAGGGUUAGGGCUCUUGAGUCCAAAAUGGCUGCCAGGACCCCAGGGUUAAUGAGGGCCAUUCCUGCGAAGGGAGGGCACAGCAGUGACUAGCAGCCCAAAGUAGGGCUCACAACACCAAAGCUUCAGGCGGCAAAAGCACGCUGUGCCUGUGCAGAGGAGGAAGAUGAGGAGGAGAAAAAGAAAGAAAAAGAGAAAUGGAUACGAAAAAUAUCUCUCCCACUCUGCUGGCAACUUAGUGAUUUAACCCAUCUCAAAAUAAAAAGUAAAAGGGGGAAAUGUAGCUCAGUGUGGAGGCCUUGGGUUCAAUCCCUACUACUGAAAGAAAAAAGAAAGAAAGACAAGUCUCCCAGUUGCUGUACCUUGGGAACACAGUACUAGAGCUGACAUUCUUGGCCUGUCGCUCUCCUGGCCCCGGCGUUUCAUGUCUGUGUCCCAGGUCGACACCACCCAAGCGAGGCCUGAGCGUGCACCACGGCGCCUGACCUAGCCGCACACACGGCCGUGUCCGAGUUCCAGCUUCUUCAGUUCACCCCUUUUGUUUGCUGUCCAGCUUGGUUUUGGCUUUUGUUAUUUUUUAUUAGAGCCUUGAACAACAGAAUAUCCACUGCUUUCAUACAUUAAACAUCAAAGGCAGCGAAAACAAUUGUUUUUAGGCCGGGCGUGGUGGCACAUGCCUGUAAUGCCAGAACUCUGUAAUCCCAGCACUUGGGAG